AUCCCUCGUCACCAAUCCACGUCAAACAUAGUGCUGUCAUUAACGAAAAUUUCGCUGCGGAACCUAAUCACUAAAAUUUAGCUAAUUUCUCCACAAAAAUCACAAAUUUAGCAAGCAUUCCGUGCUAGUAGCAAGAGCAUAAUGGUGUCCGUGUUAAACACAAUCGAUACGGGUCAUGAGGACAUGAUCCACGGAGCAGAGGUCGAUUACUACGGGCUUCGUUUGGCGACGUGUUCUUCGGACAAUUCGGUGAAGAUUUUCGACAUCAAAGGCGGAGCCCAAACACUGGCCGCGGAUUUGAAGGGUCAUGGGGGGCCUGUGUGGCAAGUGGCCUGGGCCCAUCCCCGCUAUGGAAAUAUUUUGGCCUCGUGUUCCUACGAUCGGAAGGUGAUUAUAUGGAAGGAAGCCGGCCCCGGAGAUUGGACCAAGUGGUUCGAGUACAGUAAUCACGAUUCGUCGGUCAAUUCCGUGGCCUGGGCCCCGGCGGAAUAUGGACUGAUUCUGGCUUGUGGAAGCUCGGAUGGUUCGGUGUCUAUUUUGACGGCCAGUAUCGAAGCGGGAACGUGGGAUUCCAAGAAGAUUCCAAAUGCCCACAGCAUCGGUUGCAAUACGGUAAGCUGGUGCCCUGCAACUGCUCCGGAGCCGGCCUUUGACCAGAGACCAUCGAAGGUCAACUUAGCCGUUAAACGAUUGGCCACCGGAGGUUGUGACAAUUCGGUCAAGAUUUGGAAGGAAGACGGUGACCGUUGGGAGGAGGAAAAACGUCUGGAACUGCAUUCGGAUUGGGUUCGGGAUGUGGCGUGGGCGCCAAAUGUUGGGCUUCCCCGGCAUCAGAUUGCUAGCUGCUCCCAGGAUCGAAGGGUUAUCAUCUGGAGUAGCGAUGAUCUGCAGAACUGGCAAUCGAUGAUUUUGAACAACUUCGACGACGUGGUUUGGAACGUGAGCUGGUCCCUGACGGGAAACAUUCUGGCCGUUUCCGGCGGGGACAAUAAAAUCAGCUUGUGGCGCGAAAAUAACGAAGGGCAAUGGAUUUGCAUCAGCGAGGACACAAAUUCUGCCGGCCAGAGCCAUCCUCCGUUGAAUCAAACUCAGAAUAAUAGCUUUGUUCCGGAGCAGAGAACGUUGUAAACGAAGCGAAGUUUUGAUUUAUAACAUUCAUUUAUUUGCCUAAUAUUUCCCUGAGUUCUAUAUAAACAGUUAACGAUAAAAUAAAGUAAUAAUGAAAAUAUUUCGAUGCUUGUAAAAUUA